AUGAGUUAUCAACAAGCACAGGAUAUGUAUCACGAUAAUUCCUCUGCGCGCUCUCCUGGCUCCCAACGUCACCAGCAACCUCUACAUCGCCAACCAUCGCGACAGUUCGAUGCGUAUGGCCCAAUGCCUGUCAACUUGUAUGAGGAUCCCAUGGCUCGCUAUGAGGCGGGCCGCCUGGAUCGCUUGAAUCCGUCCUUGCAUAACAAUUCUUAUGCCUACGACUUGUCCGGAUCGCAGACCUGGAAUCCAAAUGGCUUUGCCAACGCUCAGUCCCUCGGAGGAAUCCGGUCAGCCUCUGCCAGCUUGAAGGCCACUUCCCGCACCGGGCGAGCGGGUAUCCCAACGACGUGGCUCGAUCAACCGCCUGCGAUGCCCAGCCCCUUUUCGAACCUCGGACCCGGUCCGCUUCAAGGCAAUGCUAUGCGCCCGGAAACCACAGGCCCUUCGGAGACAGACGAUGAGUUGAUUCCGACCGCGAUCGUCAUCAAAAAUAUCCCCUUUGCCGUGAAAAAGGAACAGCUGGUUCAGUUAAUGACUGAGUUGAAUCUGCCCUUGCCGUACGCGUUCAAUUAUCAUUUUGACAAUGGCGUAUUUCGGGGGUUGGCAUUCGCCAAUUUUACUUCUGCGGAGGAAACCGCGACCGUAAUCGAGGUUCUUAACCACUUUGAACUUCAGGGCCGGAAGUUGAGGGUUGAAUACAAGAAAAUGCUUCCGCUCCAAGAGCGCGAGCGUAUUGAACGCGAAAAGCGCGAACGCCGGGGCCAGCUGGAGGAGCAACAUCGACCUAUAGCAGCAACCUCUCAGCUUCAGACUCAGAGCUCCAUGUCUUCGCUCACCUCUCACCUGCCGGCAACAUCUCCUUCGCCUGUUUCUCAGCGUGGCCAGAAGUUGGACGUCGAUUUGAAUGAUAGCACGACUCUCUCAUACUACUCGCAGCUUCUGUUGUUCAAGGAAGAUCCUAGCCGCGAUUCGUUGGUCUUUGCUGCCAACCUUUCCCCAGUUCAACGGCGCACGGUUCACACCCUUGCUCACAACAUGGGCUUGGGACAUGCUUCACGUGGCUCUGGUGAUCAGCGACAGGUGCAGGUGUUCAAGGUUGGUCCUGGCGCUAAUGUGAGCCCUCCCCUGUCUUCCAUCCCUGCCGCGGUGCAGCCUGCGGAUUCGAGCCGUCGGGGACUUAACCGCGCCGCAACGAUUGAUUUCAGCGAGGCGCGCAACGAAGGCCCUGCCCCUUACAACACUCUUCGUGGCCAGGCGUCGGGGUUCCUCGGUGUUCUAGACUCCCCCGGGAACUUUGGAAACACGCAAAACUUACGGGCGGCCAAGUCGUUUGCGGAUCUGCGCUCCUAUACCCCAUCGCCGGUCCCUUCCUCGGCCAGCUUCCCGGCCGCGCUGCAAUCGAAUGGUGCACGCCUACAGCAUUACGAUGGUGCGACUAGCGGCGCUUCCAAUACUCCGACCCUUACGCCCGCUCCGUCAGGUUCCUCUCUGGGCCUGCAGCGGGAUGACAAUUUAUUAGUGAACAGCCUUAGCAGCCUUUCUUUGGGGACCGGAAUAGGUGGGCCUAACACGAGCCCGAGGAGAUUGCGAAGUAUGUUCUCCUGGGAACAGCCGGAAAGUCAACCUUCCAGUGCUGGGCCCAUCAGUAGCAACCGAUCCAUCGGAGUUGGAUUUGACGGUCAGUUACAGGAGCGCAUGCCAAUUAGACAGCCUAGAGGCCCCUUGCCCGAGAAAGGCUCGGGGUUUCGACGCCCGAACGGACACCAAUCGCGUGGGAGUGAUGAGUUGCGCACCAACUCCGGUGUAGAGAUUAUUGUGGAGUAA